GCUGUAGGGACCCGGAGCAUACAGACCUCGCUGGCUUCACUCUUACCUCGGUGUCUGCUGCACCCUCCGCUUCCUCUCCUAGGCCACGAGACCCAGCGGCUAGAAAUUCACCAUGUCUAUUCUCAAGGUCCAUGCCAUGGAGAUCUUUGACUCUCCUGGGAAUCCCACUGUUGAGGUUGAUCUCUUCACCUCAAAAAGUCUCUUCAGAGCUGCUGUGCCCAGUGAUGCUUCAACUGGUAUCUAGGAGGCCCUAGAGCUCCGGGACAAUGAUAAGACUCGCUACAUGGGGAAGGGUAUCUCAAAGGCUGUUGAGCACAUGGUUAAAACUAUUGCGCCUGCCCUGGUUAGCAAGAAACUGAACGUCACAGAACAAGAGAAGAUUGACAAACUGCUGAUCGAGAUGGAUGGAACAGAAAAUAAAUCCAAGUUUGGUGCAAACGCCAUUCUGGGGGUGUCCCUCGCCGUCUGCAAAGCCAGUGCCGUUGAGAAGGGGGUUCCCCUGUACCGCCACAUCGCUGACUUGGCUGGCAACUCUGAAGUCAUCCUGCCAAUCCCGGCUUUCAAUGUCAUCAAUGGCGGUUCUCAUGCCGGCAACAAGCUGGCCAUGCAGGAGUUCAUGAUCCUCCCAGUUGGUGCAGCAAACUUCAGGGAAGCCAUGCGCAUUGGAGCCGAGGUUUACCACAACCUGAAGAAUGUCAUCAGGAAGAAAUACGGGAAAGAUGCCACCAAUGUGGGGGAUGAGCACGAAGUAUCUGAAAGAUGUCACUUUACAGAAACAGUGUGUACCAUUCUGACAUUACAAUGGUGGAGUUGGCAGGUGUGCCCAGGCCAAGCAGUGGGGCUGGACACAAGGUCCGUGGCCCAAAAAGAGUGCUGA